AUGUCCACGGACCAAAUCAAGGAUAGAGCAGUCCUUCGAUUCUCCCGGUUCGCCGUAGCUCGUCGGACGCGAACCAACAGUUUAAUGGUCGAAAAUGUACUAGAUGACUUUAUGCUGGCGUUAACUUCUCAAAAUUCUCGUGGCAAUGUGUUUGCUCAACACUCUGAGGCUUCGUUCGAAGUAUGUUUUGGCCAAUUUUUCUCUUUCAAUGAAGCUCUGCGAACAAAAGAAAAUGGGUAUAUUUGGCCAUGGAAAUAUGACUACAUUGAAGAUUUAAUGGUUCUCAAGAGCGGCUAUUUUGCGAACGUUUUCUCAGACGUAGAAACGCAUCCAUGUUCUUUCGGCGAAAGUUCCCUAGGUCGUCAGAAUGCAGCAGAAUGGAUCCGCACAGCUUUCCAUGACCUUAUUACUCAUAAUACUUUUUCGGGGGAAGGGGGGCUAGAUGCCUCCAUCAUGUUUGAACUCAAUCGGGAGGACAACGUCGACACCCGGCCUGUCUUCGAAACGACACUUCACUUCAUGAGUCUCUUCCACACCCCGAGGUCAUCGAUAGCCGACUUACUUGCACUUGGAGUCUAUACCAGUCUUGCCAAUUGCGGUGGCCCGCAGCUUCCCUUUCGCGCAGGCCGGUUAGACGCAACCGAAGCUGAUGCCAGCGGUGUUCUCACCCCGCAACCACACCAAGACCUAGAGAGCCACAAGUCUAUCUUCUCCAGGGCAGGGUUUUCGGAUACAGACAUGAUCUCUUUGGUUGCGUGUGGACACACUCUGGGCGGAGUCCACACAGCUUACUUCCCACACAUUUUGGGCAUCGACGAGUUCCCCAUAGACGGAGCUAAAGAACCGUCAACUAAGCUCGAUGUCGUGCAUUUUGAGGAAGGUCCAGGAUCCUCCGCGAGUUUCGACAACACCAUCGUUCUGGAGUAUUUAUCUGGGACCGGGUCGAAUCCGUUAGUCCACAGCCACAACGAGACUUUCCGUUCAGAUAAGAGAAUCUUCAGCUCCGACCAGAACGAGACAAUCAGAACCCUCUCAAACCAGUCGAAUUUCCUGGAGAAAUGCAAAGACGUCUUCGGCCGUAUGCUGAAUCUUGUACCACGUGAUAAAGGCAUCGAACUCACUGCACCAGUCAAGCCGAUCGACGUCAAGCCGUACAUCCGAGAGCAGUCGAUAGACUCAAGGGGAUCGAUCCGCUUCUCGGGCCGUAUCCGCGUGCGAGUCGGUCCCGCGACGGCGAGGAACGCCGACGACCUUGAAGUCGAGCUGUCGAUAGUGAACCGAAAUGCUACUGGGACUAUCCUCAUCAGGGCUGUUCGCGGCAGAAGGUCGGGUGGAGUAUCCUCAGGCCACUUUGGAGAUGCCUUCGCGUGGUUCGAGUUCAGCACUACCGUGCCGAGCAGCGUCGGUAUCAAGUCCUUCAACGUUUUCCUGAUCCAGCCGUCGACGGGCGACGUUGAAGUGCAUGACAACUUGGGACGCGGAUUUCCGGUGUCUGACGUACUGCUGUAUCAGCCACGGCAAUCAUGCUUGGACUCAGUUGUAAAAGAUGGGAAAAUAAACCUUAGAGUCGUGGCUGCGAUUCAUGAGACUGGCCCAGCGGGGGCUCCCACGUUGAAACUUUUCCGUAAAGUUCCGAGGGAAGACGUUGUUGUUCCGGCUUUCGAGGCUACAAUCAUCUCAUUUAAAUUGACGGCUGUGACGUAUGGGGCCUACAGAAUAUUUCAAGCAGACACAGCUCUUGACUUGGCAUCGUGGAAUACGCGAUUUGACGUCGUUCUCAAUUCGGAGAUCAAAGUCGAAUUUCUACCAACCAAUGUCUUGAGAUCAGCUAGCAAUUGCAAACCUCUAUGA